GGUUUCUGGAGACGGCGGGUGGGAAAACCCGGCGCCCGGAAGCCUUUGCUUUCUUUGACGCAAGGGCUCGGGACGCAGCCGCCGUCGGCCGAGCGCCCGGCGAGGAGCGACCCCAGACGGAGCCUUCGCAGCCGUGCCGUCCCCCCCUGUCUCCCGGUCUCCGAGCUUCGGUCUUCCUCGCUGCCCUCCUCGUGGCCAUGGAAUGUCCGCACCUCAGCUCAAGCGUCUGCAUCACUCCGGACUCAGCCAAGUUCCCCAACGGCUCCCCGUCGUCCUGGUGUUGCAGCGUGUGCCGGUCCAACAAAAGCCCCUGGGUCUGUUUGACUUGUUCAAGUGUCCACUGUGGAAGGUAUGUGAAUGGCCAUGCAAAAAAACAUUAUGAAGAUGCACAAGUACCCUUAGCUAAUCAUAAGAAAUCAGAAAAGCAAGAUAAACCUCAGCACACAGUGUGUAUGGAUUGCAGUAGCUACAGUACAUACUGUUAUCGCUGUGAUGAUUUUGUGGUUAAUGACACCAAGCUGGGACUGGUACAGAAAGUCAGAGAACACUUACAGAACUUGGAAAACUCAGCUUUCACGGCUGACAGGCAUAGGAAAAGAAAACUUUUAGAAAAUUCAUCACUAAACACCAAGUUAUUAAAAGUAAAUGGGAGCACCACUGGCAUUUGUGCCACAGGCCUUCGGAAUUUGGGGAACACAUGUUUCAUGAAUGCCAUCCUUCAGUCACUCAGUAACAUCGAGCAGUUUUGCUGUUAUUUCAAAGAGCUGCCUGCUGUGGAGUUAAGGAAUGGGAAAACAGCAGGAAGGCGAACAUACCACACCAGGAGCCAAGGGGAUAACAAUGUGUCUUUGGUGGAAGAGUUUAGAAAGACACUCUGUGCUUUAUGGCAAGGUAGCCAGACUGCAUUUAGCCCAGAGUCCUUAUUUUAUGUUGUUUGGAAGAUUAUGCCAAAUUUUAGGGGUUAUCAGCAACAGGAUGCCCAUGAAUUCAUGCGCUACCUUUUGGACCACCUGCACCUGGAACUACAGGGCGGUGUCAAUGGUGUUUCCCGCUCAGCAAUUCUGCAGGAGAAUUCUACUCUAUCUGCAAGUAACAAAUGUUCCAUGAAAGGGAUUUACAAGACAAACUCCCUAGAGACAGAAGGAAAAGAAAAUGGAGCAUCUACAGUGGUCACAGCUAUAUUCGGAGGUAUUCUACAGAAUGAGGUUAACUGCCUCAUCUGUGGGACAGAAUCUAGAAAAUUUGAUCCAUUCCUAGACCUUUCAUUAGAUAUUCCAAGUCAGUUCAGAAAUAAGCGCUCUAAGAAUCAAGAAAAUGGACCAGUUUGUUCAUUACGAGAUUGUCUUCGCAGUUUUACUGACUUGGAAGAACUCGAUGAGACAGAGUUAUAUAUGUGCCACAAAUGCAAAAAGAAACAAAAGUCCACUAAAAAAUUUUGGAUUCAGAAACUACCCAAGGUGCUAUGCUUACAUCUGAAACGAUUUCAUUGGACUGCAUAUUUAAGAAACAAAGUCGAUACCUAUGUAGAAUUUCCACUGAGAGGCCUAGACAUGAAAUGCUACUUGUUAGAGCCUGAGAACAGUGGCCCGGAGAGCUGCCUGUAUGACCUCGCCGCUGUGGUGGUGCACCAUGGCUCCGGGGUCGGUUCUGGACAUUACACAGCGUAUGCAACUCACGAAGGUCGCUGGUUCCAUUUCAAUGACAGUACUGUAACGCUGACUGAUGAAGACACCGUUGUGAAGGCAAAGGCCUACAUCCUUUUUUAUGUGGAACGUCAGGCCAGAGCUGGAUCAGAUAAACUUUAAUACCUCCUUUAAAUCAUUAUUUGUUAACUAUACCGGAUAAACAUUUCCAGUUUUCCAUAAAUACUUGAUCCAAGAUUUAAUUUCAUUAUGCACUUUUCAAUUUCCUAUUUUGGGUUUAGUUUUGUCAAUGGUAGUGACGUAUUGAACAUGGGCACCAACUAAUUUUUUGUUUAGUUCUACCAGAAACCUCAGCAGAUAUUUUGAUUUGCUGCUUUAGUUGUAAUAAUUGUUUUAUAUGUAGUUUCAAGAACUUAGUUCUAUUUGACUUUUUUAUAUUAAUGUUUUCAAUUCUCACUCUGAGGCACAUUUACAUCAACACUUUGUUACUGUCACAAGCUGAAAGCAAGAUGUGCUCCUGAUUGCGAAGAGCAAGAGAGCUGCCUGCUGCCUUGCACGGCCGUAACGGGGCGUCAGCGGACUCGACCUCCAGGAUCAUGUGUGCGCCUCAUUUGUGACCCCCAGGACUUCACUGACUGCCAGUAAUUGUCCUUUUUGAUUUUGAGAGAUGACUGGGAGCACAUGAUUAAGUAGAUCAGGUGAUUGCUGCUCUUGGUAUCUUUCAAGGCUGCUGCUUAUCAGCACUGAUUAAAUAAAUUUGUUGGUUCACUUGUACCUGUUCUGCAAAUUCAA